AUGCAGUGGUCGCUCUUCCCCCGUGAUCCCGAAAGGGCUGCGGAGGUCAAUGCCUUGGUUCUACCGCCGCAAACUGAUCCCAUCCCGGCGGUCACCUACUCUGAACUCAGAGAGGCAGCCAAUGGUUUACGGAGAAGCGCGGCCCCUGGAAAGGAUGAUGUGACCAAUGGCGUCAUUCUCGAUACUCUCGAGGUGCUGAAGGACAACUGGUGUACCCAGUUCACUGAAGCCCUUGAGACUGGUAUAUAUCCCGAUGGAUGGAAGUCGUCCAAAGGGAUCUUCAUUCAUAAGGCCGGCAGAGACCCCACCAAGCCUAACGGCUGGAGGCCAAUCUGCCUGGUCGGUUCAGGUAGCAAGCUGUUCGAACGUCUCAUAGUAGAACGGCUUGCAUCUUGCCCGCAGAUCCAGAAGCGAUUGGACUCUCCGAUUGUCCAUGGAUUCUGCAAGGGCAAAUCGGUUGACUCUGCUGUCCUGCGCGUAGUCGAAGCGUUCAGGGCUGGCAGAAAAAGGAGUAAGAGCGCGCCUAUUGCACUUGUCCAACUCCACGUGCAAAACGCGUUUAGCUCGGUAAAACACAGCCACAUCCUGGCAACCCUGGCCCAAUACGAUGUCCCACGCUAUCUAGUGAGCAUUGUAGAAGGCUACUUAAGGGCCCAGAGUGUUUCGGCUGUCUAUGGUGCAGACGUGGCCACUCUGGAACUUCAGCGAGGGGUGCCUCAGGGCAGUGCCCUGGGCCCCUUCUUGUUCCUUCUAUCCACCCUGCCGCUUGUAGAUGACUUCGCAAAAUUGGAGGCGAAAGGCGUGAGCUUGACCCUCUAUGCGGAUGAUACAACGGUGGUGGUAUCCGGUGGAACUGGCCCGUCCCUGGUUAAACGGUGGCAGUCAGCAGAAGCUCUACUACUGGCUUGGGCCGCCAAAGCGGGAGUGUCCUACGAGCCGGCUAAGAGCCAGGCACUCCUGCCCAGGACCAUCGGGGACCAUGCCUUGUCCCUUGAUGGUACACCCAUCGACAUUGUUAAAGUCGUACGGGUGCUCGGUGUCUGGAUCGACCACCGUCUGUCUUUCCAGCACCAUAUUCGGUUAAAGGUGUCCGAAGCCAAGGCCAAACUUGGUCGUCUGAGGCACCUCGGUUGGACGCGAGCAGGGAUCACCGGUAAGAAAAUAAUCAAAACCUACAAGGUGGCGAUCUUACCGGCCCUUGGCCACGCAGUAGCGGCCUGGAAGGAAGGGCUUGAAUCCGCCACGGCAAAGUCCGCAUUGCUGCAGGUCACAGCCAUGGCAACCUUGGGUCAAGACUACGGUAGUCUGACUACCAUCCGGGACAAAGAGGAAGCCAAGAGCUAUGCGCAGGUGGCUCUCCUCUCCGGAAAUGCCAUCUUUACCGAUGGCUCGGUGGUCAAAGACCGUAAGACCGGUGCUGGAAUGGUGGUAUAUCGUAAGGGUGUAGAAGUUCAUUCCAACUACUGGAAACUCUCCCCCUACGCUACUAUCACGGACUGUGAACUCCUCGGAGUUCUUGAAGCAGUCCGCUGGGUUAUCCUGACGACGGAAGGAGAGGAAGAAUGGGCAGUCUUCACGGACUCUCAAGCAGUACUCAAGAUCCUGUCGUCGAGAUCUACGGUGGCUCGGCGGGACAAAGCGAGACAGAUCACCCUGCUCUUAGCUGAAAUCCCGGACAAGGUCACCUUCCACUGGUUGCCUGGUCAUAGUGGCAUGUUCGCUAAUGACCGAGCCGAUGAAUUGGCAGCCAAGGGUGCCUCCAUGAUGGAAGUCUCUGCGGAGACGGAAAUCAGUGUGAAGACCCUUAGGCGUUAUCAGGCCGAAGCCGGGCGUCUGGCACUGCGUAGGUGGUGGUCAGACAAACGGGCCGGUCUAGGCACUUGCGUCAACGACUUCUCCUACUGUGCCUCGCAUGCGAGGCUAUGGAGUCGAGGGGAAAUUACGCCCGCUGGCAGUGCCGUGGUUUUUGGUAGGGCUCCCACUCCUGCGCAUCUUCACAGGUGUGGAGUGAUCGACUCUCCGGUGUGCGACUGUGGAGCCCCGGUAGGGAAUCUACGGCAUCUCCUGCGCUCCUGCCCGCUCCUAGAGCAUGCCAGGAAACGUGUUAAGGGAGGUGUCCCCUAUCAUUUUUACAAAAUGGUCGUCGAUUUGAAGCGCCGUAAGGCCUUCAAUCGACUCUUCUUGGCCCUGAUGCAACAUCUUGAUGCUCGCCGGGGCCUUUUAUGA